CGGCAAACUAAAGGAAGCAAGGGGAAAACUCCAUUAAAAAGCCCAGCUUUCCUCCAUGUUAGAUGUGAAGUGGAAAAUGGGAAAGAUUUAGCAAAAUUCCACUGUCCUGAACCAGGCUGGCAAGGGGAGAGCAGAGUGAAACCCUCGGGGCAGCUGAGAUUUCUAGACUGCCAGGAAGCCCCUAGAACUCUGAGAAAAUGAGGGUUUCUUAGCUUAAACUGACAGGGAAAAGGGACAGACCCUUCUCAUCAUUCCCCCAAGUGUGUGUUACCUUUCUUUACCAGGAUGAUAAGCAAGAGGGCAUGUACCAGCUGCCUCGGCCAUGUCUGUGUGAGCCAAGCUAUCCAAAGUAAGGCAGAGUAAACUCAAGCCUGGCUCUGCUUCCUGCCGCUUCAUGUGCUUUGGGAGAAGCAGGAGAAGCAACAGCAGCAGCAGGAGUCACAGCAGCUGAAGCCGCAAGAAUGAACUGCAAAGAGGGAAAUGACAGCAGCUGCGCCUGUGGUGGCAAGGAUGAGAAGAAGAUGUUGAAGUGUGUGGUGGUGGGUGACGGAGCCGUGGGGAAAACCUGCUUGCUGAUGAGUUACGCCAACGACGCCUUCCCAGAGGAGUACGUGCCCACUGUGUUUGACCACUAUGCAGUUACUGUGACAGUGGGAGGCAAGCAACACCUGCUCGGACUGUAUGACACUGCAGGACAGGAGGACUACAACCAGCUGCGACCGCUCUCCUAUCCCAACACGGACGUGUUUUUGAUCUGUUUCUCUGUCGUGAAUCCUGCCUCUUACCACAAUGUCCAGGAGGAAUGGGUCCCAGAGCUGAAGGACUGCAUGCCUCAUGUGCCUUAUGUCCUCAUAGGGACCCAGAUUGAUCUUCGUGAUGACCCCAAAACGUUGGCCCGUUUGCUGUAUAUGAAAGAGAAACCUCUCACUUACGAGCAUGGUGUGAAACUUGCAAAAGCGAUUGGAGCACAGUGCUACUUGGAAUGCUCAGCCCUGACUCAGAAAGGUCUCAAAGCGGUUUUUGAUGAAGCUAUCCUCACCAUUUUCCACCCCAAGAAAAAGAAGAAACGUUGCUCCAAGUGUCGCAGGUGGUGCUCAAUUGUCUGAGGUUGCUGACACCCACCUGCCCCCACGGAAGGGUAAAAAUGGCAGCCGAACCUGGGUCUAAGCUCAAGUCAAAAAGGAGGGCAUGACCAGAAAGGAAUUCACUUCAGCCAGAGGCUGCUCCUUCACUCUGGGAGCCCUCCCAAGCACCGCAUGCUAGUCAGCCAACUGCCACGAACCCCCGCCAGCCAGAAGCAUUCACGUUGCACAUUCUAUGAGAACGCUGAGCCUGGAUUUCAGCUUUGUGUUGGAAACAAAGUCAGAGGCCAUCUUUCUUUUUACGUCUCCUCCGUCUGUGAACAGGAAACUGACAGGAAACCAUUGCAGGAAA